CAGUGAUGGUACAUGGAUGGUACCCUGAGCAGCGAUGAAGCAGUCUUUGGUCAAAGCAUCCCGUAUAAAGUUCUGUUGAUCUAACGCACAAAUCGAAGCACAAAAUCGAGUCCAAACCCACUUAUAUCAACCAUCUUGCAUCGUGUCCCGAAAAAUCGUCGUAAUCUCGUAAUUUGAGUUUGAAAUGAUUAGUUUAAGAAUGAGAUUCGGUGUGUUCUUGGUGUUUGUUUGCCUGAUCAGAUUCUCACACGGCAUGGAGUGUUCAUUUGGGGAUACGAAUUUCAUCUCCAGGGCACUGAACUCUUGUCCCGGAUUGAUGGACCCAGCGGAAAAAUCGUACUGCUGCUACAAUAUCGAGGAGAACAAAGCCUACUGCUGCGAUUCAAUGGAGUUCACUCUGAAUUCCUCCUGGUUCCUGAUUACCAUAACCGUUGCUGUGGUAUUCGUGGUGUCUCUCUUCAUCUUCUGCGUCUCUUGCCUCUGCUGCAGCUGCUGCCCCUGGCACAGGAGGCGCCAUCGUGGCACUGUUUACGGAAGAGUGCAAGUGCCGCAAGUGGUGCACGUGAUCGAAACCCAGCCUCACGUGAACACAGCGUACGCGACUAGUUCCGCAGAAGUCGCGCAGCCGCCGCCGUAUUCAGCUGCAGUCUACGAGAAGCAGGCGCCGUACAAUCCGAAUUACAUGCCGUCGACUUAAGCUCGAAAGAUUCGUCAAGAAGAAUUUCGUGCCAAUCUAUACAAAGAGUAAUUGUCAAUUGUUUUUUUAAUUCCAAAGCCAGAACGUGUUAAAAAGUCGCCAUAUCAAUCGAACGGAUUUACAGUAAGGUAAUCGAAACUGCAUUUUUUAUGAAAUAUCUUCCGGGAGUCUAAAAGAGGAAAUCACGAAUAGAAAGUUUCUACUAUAGUUUUUUCUACGAUUAGUAAUGACAGACUUAUUAAGGAAAACGUGCGUUGGCCCCGCCCCUGGCACGCAAUUGGCUCCUUUGUAUCUCGUUCAUAACUUCGUAAAUAAUGAUCUUAGAGAAAAAUGGAACAAGGAUUUCCAACUUGAAAUUUGACCCUCUUUUUGAUUUCAGGAAGGGAUUCACAAUACAGACUUUAUUUAUACAGAAUAUGUGCAACUGUUAGACGUUGAUAAAAGUUCCUGAACAUGUUUUACAUAACGAACGAAAGGAUAUUAAUUGUCAUGUUAAUUAAGUGCACUCAUUUAGCUGUUAAGUUAUAUCGCUGUUAAAACAAAUACGAAAUAUAUACAGUUGAAGAUUUAGAAAUAAAGAACGUCAAACCAAA